AUGUCGUGUGAGGAGGAGCGGCGGCCGGGCGGCAGGCCGGACCUGCUACUGGCCGCCGAGCGGCGUCUCUCGCAGCUGCAGCUCAGCUCGGAGGAGGUGUUCCGCGCCCUGCACGGCUCGCUCAGCGCCGUCACGCUGCGCCACGGCUGCAGCUCCGUGGCGCGCGUGGGCGGCCUCUGCACGUGCCAGGUAACCAGCUGGAGCCACGGCGACAGCACGUGGCGCGGCGUGUCCGACGGCGCCAAGAUGGCUCGCGGCGCCACCUUCCCCGUGCGCUCCCUCGCCGCUCUGCUGGAGCUGAUCGGCGCCGCCGACGGCGUCGUCGACUACGUCAAGCUGGACGUGGAGAGCAGCGAGUGGGGCAUGUUCGAGCGGCUGCUGGCGGCGGGCGGCGGCGCGCUCGGCCGCGUGCGCCAGCUGGCUGUCGAGCUGCACCUGCGCCAGUGGGAGGCGGAGCUGACCGGCCAGGGCGCCACGCCGCUGACGGAGGCGCGCGCGCGCCGCUGCCUGCGCGUGCUGUUCGGCCUCCAGCUGCUCGGCUUCCAGCUGGCCGGCAGUUUGCACGGCGAGAGCAUGUGCGUACUGCGUCGGGACGACUUCUGCGUUUCGGCCGCGUACGAGACGCUGUGGGUGAACACCAAUGUGUCCGGUGUCAGCUAGAGGCCUCCGUGGACCGGGUACACCCGCCUGUAUCGACACUAAAGGGGUAAGUCCGCGGAUUGGGCACGCACAGACGCUUGGAGGCGCCUGGGAUCGAGGCUGGGCACCGGUGAGAGUCUUAUAAAACACGGCUGUGAG